GAUCCAAUCUGUGCCGUCCAUCCUCCCUCGCGUCCAAUCCUCACCCUCCAUUAGACCACCCCUUAAUUUCUCAAGGCCCUCGCCCCACCGUCCACAUCACACUUCCGCCAUGAAACCACCACCGCGACUCCCCCUCCCCCUCCUCCUCCGCCGCCACCUCUCCUCCGCCGCUGACGCCACCGCAGCUGCCGCUGAAAUCGCCGGUGCGCUCUCCGCGUCCCCCUACCCCGACGCGACGCGCGACCUCGCCGCCCUGCUCCGCCGCCUCGGCAGCCGCGGCCUCGCCUCCGCCCUUUCGUCCCUCCCGGCCCCGCUCCCCGCCGUCUCCGCCCUCCGCCUCCUCCACCAUGUCGUCUCCAAUGCCCCCGCCGCCGCUUCCACCUCCACCUCCCGCCACGGUGAGUAUCUCCUCUCCCCUCGCGUCUCCGCGCUCCUCCUAUCCUCGCUCGUCGCCGAUCGCUCCACGCUCCCCUCCGCGCGCCGCCUUCUGUCGCGGCUCCUCCACGCCCACCCUCUCUCCGUCGCCGCGGCGGCCAUCGCGGACGCCGCCUCAACCGCUACCUCGGACCUCCUCGUCCGCGCCUGCCUGAACUCCCCCGCCCCCGGAUCCCUGUCCCGCGCCGCCGACGCCUUCCGCGUCCUCUCCUCGCGUGGCGCGUCGCCCUCCAUCAAGACCUGUAAUAUCCUUGUCGAAGCCCUAGGCCACGCUGGCCAACUCGACGCUGCCCGCAAGGUGUUCGACGAAAUGCACGAUGGCAAGAUCGUCGCUCCGGACGAGUACACAUACACGGCGAUGAUUAAGGCGCUCUGCAGGGCUGGAAAGGUGGAUGCUGCUUUUGAGAUGCUAGCAGAGUUACGACGAGCUGGGCUGCAGCCAACCGUAGUGACUUACAAUGUGCUGAUGGACGCACUGUGCAAGAGUGGGAGGGUGGAGGAGGCCUUCCAAUUGAAGGGGAGGAUGGUAGAAGGCAGGGUGCGACCAAGUGUAGUCACAUUUGGCAUCUUGAUCAAUGGUCUUGCAAGGGGCGAGCGGUUUGUGGAGGUUGGUGUAGUGUUGCGAGAGAUGGAAGGUCUUGGGAUCACCCCCAAUGAGAUUAUUUACAAUGAGCUGAUUGGUUGGCAUUUUAGGAAGGGCCAUUGCUCAGAGACGCUCAGGCUGUUUGGUGAAAUGGUCUCAAAGGGGAUGAAGCCUACAGCCGUGACUUACAACUUGAUUGCAAAGGCUCUAUGCAAGGAAGGGGAGAUGGAGCAUGCUGAGCAGAUAUUGGAGGAGAUGCUAUCGACUGGGAUGACAGUUCAUUGUGGCUUGUUUAAUACAGUGAUUGCAUGGCUUCUGCAGAGGACUGGAAGAUUGGACUCGGUGGUAAGGCUUACAAGACAAAUGGUUGCAAGGGGUUUGAAACCAAAUGAUGCUCUGUUGACAGCUUGCACCCAGGAGCUUUGCAAGGGAGGGAAACACCAAGAAGCAGCUGGAAUUUGGUUCGAAGUGUGGACGAAAGGUUUAGGUGUCAAUAUUGCAACAUCCAAUGCGUUGAUUCAUGGGCUUUGUGAAGGAAGAAACAUGAAAGAAGCUACUAAGGUUCUAAGGGCCAUGGUGAAUAAGGGGGUAAAAUUGGAUAGCAUCACAUAUAACAUAAUGAUUCAAGGUUGCUGCAAAGACAGUAAAAUGGAGGAAGCGAUUCAACUUCGUGAUGACAUGAUCAAAAGAGGGUUUAAGCCUGAUCUUUUCACGUUUAAUACUUUCCUACGUGCUUAUUGCAAUUUGGGUAAAAUGGAAGAGGUCAUUCAGCAGUUGGAUCAGAUGAAAAGUGGGGGCCUUAAGCCAGAUAUUGUGACAUAUGGCACCAUAAUAGAUGGUUAUUGUAAAGCAAAGGAUAUUCAGAAGGCAAAUGAAUAUUUGAAUGAAUUGAUGAGAAAUGGGUUAAAACCAAAUGUCGUCAUCUAUAAUGCUCUUAUUGGUGGUCAUGGUAGGAAUGGUAACAUUUCUGAUGCAAUUGGUGUUCUUGACACUAUGAAGUCUAAUGGCAUACGACCAACUGCUGUAACUUACUGCAGUCUUAUGCAUUGGAUGUGUCAUGCUGGUCUUGUUGAAGAGGCCAAGACCAUUUUUGCACAAUGUAUAGAAAAGAACAUGGAGCUGGGAGUAAUUGGCUACACAAUUAUGAUUCAUGGUUUUUGCAAAAUAGGAAAAAUUGAUGAAGCUGUGAUGUACUUUAAGGAAAUGCAUUCCAGGGAUAUACCUCCAAAUAAGAUGACUUACACCGCUCUGAUGUUUGCAUAUUGCAAAUCUGGCAACAAUGAAGAAGCCUCCAAGCUUUUUGACGAGAUGGUGAGCUCAGGCAUUGUUCCUGACAGCGUUUCCUACAAUACACUAAUUUCAGGGUGUUGUGAGGUGGAUUCAUUGAAUAAAGCGAUAGAAAUUCCUGCCGAAAUGUCCUCAAGAGUUUUGACACAAGAUGAGUUUUCGUACAAUGCAUUGGUUAGUGGAAUAAUUACACCCUGGUGCCAGAAAGAAACUGCUUCCAGUGCUGAAUGAUGUGUAACCAAGGAACCAUUGGGCAUGAUUGAUUUUUGUGAAAGGUAUUGUCCAAGCAUGAAUAGGAACUGGAGAGGAUGUGUAGGCGGUCACCUUGCCUUUGGUUGUAUGGCUGAUGCAUCUAGCAAACGUGUCAUUUACGUCACAUCAUGGUUAUCAACCUGUUACCAUGGAAGACAGUCCAACAUCAGCAGUAGGUUGCCCUGCAGGUUUAUAAGUGGCAAAGUAUACAUGGUCAUCAACCUGCUUGGAGAGCCAUCCAGGGGCAACCACAUAAUGCGCUUGAGGUCUAUAACUGGUAAAGUUAACGUUGGUCAACCAAAACCACUUGAGAGCCCACUGUAGAGAUCAUCCAUGCAGAGACGAUAAUUAAAUAAAAAUACAAGGUGCAUGUUUUCAAAGGAUAAUCAGGAUUCCUAAGUCAGGCUGCACACAUACCCUGCUGGGCACAAUGUGUAGUGGAUGACCAUGCUACACUAGGCACAGGGCACCCCAGCAUGUGUUGGAAUAUCAGUCAACAGACCCAGUGACCCAUCGGCACUGGCAUUUGCACCUUGACCUCUGGUCAGGCAAGAUCAUCCACUGAUUUCUCCAUCUAUUCUCUGCUCUUAUAAAGAGGGAGCUUUGUCGUUCACCUUGUUAUGUGUGUGAACAGUAACCACGUGAGCAAUUUGUUGGUCAAGUUGGGUUGUUAGGCUCUUAUCCUAUCUAGAGUUUGUUAGUCAAGUUGUUAAGUUAGGCCUAUAUAAGGCACAUGGCUGCCACCCUUUGUAAUCAAGCAAAGAAGAAUUAAUCUAAGUCUUCUCCAAUAUUGUCCCCCCAAUCUACGGUCUAAUCCCUCCCCUAGCAGCUAACGCCGCCUGGCCAUCCUCUCAGCGGGUGUUUACCCUAAACACCUCCCUCAGUCUCCCUUCACCUUAGAAUAAAACCAGAAAAAACCUCCUAAAUGAACCGGACAAAGCUGCUUAACCAGAGCUAACUGGGCUUCACUUCCUUCUGGUACUGGACUGUCUGGUCACCUCCCCAUGCAUUAUUGUCUACCGCAUCAAUGCCCCCUCCCUCCACCCCUACUGUCCCAGGCCCCAGCAGAGCUGCAUCUUUGACUUGUGACCACACCAGUAACUAAAGCUUCACCUCCUUUCGCUUCUGCCUCUUGCCCUUGGUCUCUCGCCUCCUGUUCCCAAAUAAGUCCUGAAACCUCCCAUGGUUCUUUGUACAAUACUUGAAUCUCUUGUUUCUUGAUUUGUACUUCUAGUGGAAUGCACAAUCUCUCGUUUUGUGAUUUAGUGCUCUUGAUUGGGCGAUCAAAUCUCUUUCCUUUGAUGCAGCUAGGCACCCAGAUAGGUUUUUAUUUGUAUUUUUCUGGUAUUGUCUCUCACCUCCAUGCAACUACACCGUCCACCAGCCAAAACAAUGCCCUGUCACCUCCUUCUCCGGUUGCUCGGGCACCAUAUGGUCAGUGGUGGGCUGGCCAUAACCAAGAGGGGCAUGCAAGGAGGUGGCGGGAAUUCCUGCUCUAAACCCAGACGAUGUUCAGAUUGUGGUGCACACCAGAGGUGUGGAGGGUGAAGGGAAUAAUUCAGGUUUCGAGAUCCAUUGGUACGUUUACUUGAUGAACCCGGAGUAAAGCAUGGACAACUUUUUAUUGUUCCCCCCUAUUGCAUUGAAGAGGCCAGGUCUUAGCGCUGAGCCGCUGAAGUUCAUGUUUUCUAGUAUGUGCUUCAGAUGAUCUUUGGGAGCGAGCAUCUCGGUGCUGAUGAUGCAGUGCAAACUGUCUUCAAGAUUUCUGGAACAGAAAUUGCUAACAGAUUAGCUAAGACCCACAAUGGAGAGAGUUCAGGUGCCGUGAAGCCAUUAGCUUCGCUUCCACUGCAGGGACUGUCGCACCAGGAUUUCCGACUUGUAGCAACUGCGCCAGUGCUGUCGUCAACUCCAACUUUGGCCAAUCUGCAGGCUGGAUUGGCUUGUUGUGGGCAGCAUUGGUCGGUACGGUAGCACAAUGUGACUAUCCACGUGCUAUUGUAGCAGCCACAAUUACUGUUCACCUGGCCAGCCAAAGUAGUUUCAAUUGAAACUUAGAGAAAGGAAUAAUCAGUUUCCUUCUGUCAUGGCGGCCAGCUAGAUGCUCGUGUGGGUCUAAGGAUCACCACGGUAGUGGCAUGAGAUAGAUCUUAUCUUUUACUUAGGUGAUAAGUUUGAUAUUAAAUAAUUUGAGUUGAUUUGUUGAGAGAUAAGUUAAGACU